UGUAUUUCGGUUUUUAGUGCUGAAUGUACGUCCGUGUCAGCAGAGUUACCUGUCCGACUGUAGGUCAGUGGCCAUGGGGAGACUACGCAGGAAGAGCAGCACGGCUAAGGAGGGAAGUCAGAAGUCCGGCGGACAGACGGCCAUAGACCAGUUCUUCUCCAAGGGUCCCGCACAGAGGAAAAGUCUGUUCACCCAAGUAGGCGUGCCAGCUAGGAAAGGACCUGGGAGUUCUAAAGGCCCAUCUACCUCAGCUGCAGGAAGAACUAAACCAAACCCACCUGCUGCCCAACCAGACGAACCCUGCUGUUCCAUCAGUGUUGUUCCUGAGACACAGCUGACCUGCCAAGUGACCUCCGACCUAGGUCGUGACAGGUCAGAGGUCGUGGUGAUACCCGACACCCAGGCAGCGGGAACACAGCUCAUCUCUGAGUUCCCAGACGACAGCUCUGAUUUCGUUAUGACUAAAACACCAACUAAACACAAACCUGUCCGAAAAACACAACAAGCAACAGUCAAACCUCGGGCCGCUAAACUCUCGCUAAGGGGGAGGGGGGCGUGUAAGGAGAAUGUGGCCAAGCAGCUGGGGAGAAGUGCUGGCAAGAGAAGCAGCAGUGUCUUGGAAGACGUUUCCAGCAGGUCUCCAGACAACGUGCCAGGUGAGGAAGGAGCGUCGGCGUGUCUCGGCUCCUCUAAGGAGUUGAGCAAGUCACCAGUGAUCCAUCCUGAGGGAACAGCAAAGAAGCAAAUAGACAUCAGGGAAGAUUGUCAUGACAACCACUCUGCAGAAUCAAAAUAUGAAGUAGGGGCAUCCCCGUGUCUUGGUUCCUCUAAGGAGUUGAGCAAGUCAUUAGUGAUCGAUCCUGAGGGGGCAACGAACAAGCAAGUAAACAUCAGGGAAGGUUGUCAAGACAACCAUUCUGCAGAGGCAGAACGUGAAUAUGAAGGCUAUGCAGGGAAGAGAACUUCCUCGGAUACAGCAGAACAGGAGGAGGGGCGUGGUGCUGAUGCGGUAACCAUGGUAACACUGGUCCAGAGUGACUCUCCAGAAAUUGUCCCAGAAGCUCAGACACGAGCCAGAGUAAGAGAGAACAUCAGGUCCCUGGCAACCAGAACUAAACAGAACAGCUACAUAGCAACGAAGAAUUUGGAUUGUGAGAAGGUUUUAGUUUUAGGAGGAAAUGAUGAAAAUUCUGAAUAUAGGGUGGAAAAUGUUUCUGGUGAUGAGGAUAGAAGAGGAAAAUUGGCAGGUAACACGUCAGGGUCAUCUAAGGACGGGAACAGGACAACUUUGGGUGGGAAGAAGUGGUUGUCAUGGACGGGGUCGUUGCUAGGGAAGAGGUCACCUGCCCGCGGCAGCUCACCUGAAGGCAAGAGGAGCAGAACACCUGAUGCACCUGGGACACAGCUGCGGAGGGGAGUUGGUGUUACGUGUAGGGAGAACCUGUCAGCUCGGCUGGAGGGACAGGGUAGAACUCAGGGUCAAGGUCAACAAACUAAGGGUCAAGGGCAAGAAAUCCAGGGUCAAGGGCAAGAAAUUCAGGGUCAAGGGCAACAAACUCAGCCACAGGUCAGUUGUGAACAGGAACAGGUAGAAGGAAAGCCAAGUCCAGCUGAAUGUGAGCAGCAGCAAGCUGGUGGUGGAAUAUCUCAGGACAGGACUAGAACUGGUGGUGAGGACGAUGAGAGUACAGCUGGGAGGACAAAGGGAAAGACAGACGAAAAGACAGAGGAGGCAGCAGAAACAGUUGCUACAGACCCAGGAGAGAGUUCAGGAAGCACCCUGGCUCAUCUUAAUUCACCUUUAACAGUAAAAAGUAAAGAGGACAUUCCACCUGCCAAUCAACAGCUGAAACAAACAUCGACAACAGAUGAACCACAACUGGUUGCCAUGGAAACAAACAAGCCCGUUGCCAUGGAGACAGACAAGCCCGUUGCCACGGAGACAGGCAAGCCAGUUGCCACGGAGACAGACAAGCCAGUUGCCAUGGAGACGGCCACACCCAUUGCCAUGGCAACAGCUGACCCCGCCCAGCAGGAGGAAGUUGGAGCAGACAGUGUGGAGUGGGAGGAUCUGAACGACAGUUUUUUUGAUGACCUGGCGGGCGGCGGUGGUGCUGACCAGGAGCUGGCCAGGAGCUUCAGCCAGAUGUCUCCCUUCAAGGGCAGCAGGGGAACUGGUUCUACCUCUGACCCGACCUCUGACCCAACCCUGGGCACUGCCGAGGUCUGUACCAAGUUCAGCAGGUUCAGAGUUCAGGGGGUGGAGACAGAGGAGCAUGAUGGGUACGUGACCCAGCUGACCCUGCGGCUGACCAAUCCGGCGCACCGUAGCGGCCGGACGUGCGUGCUGCGAGACAGCUGGGCGGGUUUAACCAUCCAAUCAGGUGACAUCGUGCACGUGUUGGCGGAAUUCGGCGCGGACGGCGUGGGAACUGUGGACAGGGACCGCGGGUACAUCGUGGUGACCCCUGACCUGCUGAUGUCAUCCACGGCAGUAGCCAAUGGGAUCAAGUGUCUGCGCAGAGCUGUUCUCAGUGAGAGGUUCAAGGGCACAGAUGGCUCCAGUAAGCAGAUGCUACUGGGUACCAUAUUACACGACGUCUUCCAGGCAGCCACAUCUACCUCAUUCAGCGCUGACUCCCUCAAGCAGAUCUCCCAGCAGGCACUGCAGAAGCAGAGGCACCUCCGGGACAUGUUCAGCCUGAGCCUGACCCAGUCCCAGCUGCAGGAGGAGAUAGCGGAGUACCUGCCGGUGAUGCGCAGCUGGGCCGACACAUUCUACAGGUCACGGGGGGCAGAGUUGGAGGUCAAGCUGCCGGGGACGACCUACUGUAACCGUGGCGACGAGAGGAGCAACGUGGUCAUCAGUGCGGUCAGGGACAUCGAGGAGAACGUCUGGGCCCCAAGGUUUGGGCUGAAGGGGAAGCUGGAUGUGACCACAGAAGUGCGGAUCCAGCCUCGACAGAAGGGAAGGGACCCCCUGCAGAGAAUCCUGCCUCUGGAGCUGAAGACUGGCCGGGAGACCAACUCUAUAGAACACAGGAGUCAGGUGAUCCUGUACACGCUGCUGACCCGUGAGCACCACCCUGACCCUGAGCUGGGCCUGCUGCUGUACCUGAAGACAGGAAACAUGAAGGCUGUGCCGGCUGGGCACAUGGACAGGAGGGAGCUGCUACUCAUCAGGAACAGACUGGUGACCCAGCUGAAACACUCCCUGCUGAAGGAUGGAGACCGGGUCGUGCCGACCCAGCUGCCUCCUGUCAUCAAUGACCCACGUGGGUGUAAAUACUGCUCCCAGCUGCCCAACUGUGCGCUCUACAACAGAGCGUUUGAGACAGAAGAAUCAGAAGGCUCGAUGUCAGCCCUGCUGAGACAGGAGACUUCUCACCUGAAGACGUCUCACCUGCAGUACUUCUGUCACUGGUACCUGCUGGUGCUGCUGGAGGACAGGGAGACACAACACAAGUCUCACCUGGCACACCUGUGGACUAAACCUGCUCAGGACAGGGAGAAGAGUGGAGACUGUGUACCUGGGUUGCAGCUGACCAGGUGUGUGCCAGGUGCAGAUGGAGACUUCACCUGUACCUUCAGGAGGAAACAACUGACACCCAGUUCCCAGACCUCCCUGCGCCUGUCUGUAGAAGACUACAUCCUGAUCAGUAUAGAGGAGAGAAACAUGGUGGCCAUGUGCUCAGGGUUUCUCACCCAACUCGGGAAAGAGACUCUGACCGUCAGAGUCGACAGGGACCUGUCCAAGUUCCCUCCCGACACAGUUUUCACCCUGGAUAAGAAGGACGGCUACAGUUCUACGGGGACCAGCCUGGCUAACCUGGCCCGGCUCAUGGGGAACACGGCGGCGGCCGAGCGACUUCGGGAACUGAUCAUCGAGCAGCAGGAGCCGAGGUUCCACACCAGGGUGUCUGACAUGUGUCCUGCUGAUGCUAGGGAGGCUAUUGGCAAGAUACUCAAAGGUCUGAACCAGCCCCAGAAGCAGGCCAUUAAGAAAGUCCUGAUGGCGAGAGACUACACCCUGAUCGUGGGCAUGCCUGGCACGGGGAAAACCACCAGCAUCGUCGCGCUGGUGAGAAUCUUGCUGGCCUGUGGGAACUCCGUCCUGCUGACGUCAUACACUAACUCUGCUGUGGACAACGUUCUGCUCAAACUCAGCAGGUACAAGCUUGAUUUCCUGCGACUGGGCAGUUCGUCCCGUGUCCACCCAGGUGUGGCCCCACACACGGAGGACCGGCUGGCCCGAGGACUGACCACCGUGGAGCAGCUUGACAAACUAUACAUGGACAAGCCCAUCGUUGCAACCACGUGCCUGGGAGCGAAACACCCGCUGUUCUCGCGGCGUAAGUUUGACGUGUGCAUCGUAGACGAAGCGUCGCAGAUCGCGCAGCCCGUGUGCCUGGGUCCGCUGGUCCAUGCCACUCGGUUCGUGCUCGUGGGCGACCCACAGCUGCCCCCCCUGAUCCAGAGUGGGACGGCCCGAAGGAUGGGCAUGGACGAAAGUCUGUUCAAAAAGAUGGGACAUCAUCAGAGCGCCACAGCUCAACUAAAUGUCCAGUACCGGAUGAACUCUGACAUCAUGGAGCUCAGCAACACCCUGAUGUAUGAUGGGAAGCUUUGCUGCGGCUCAGACAAGGUCGCGGCAGCCCGACUCGACCUUCCUGCCUGGGACCAGCUGGAGGCGGCCAUGUUGGGGCUGGGCGUGGCAUCGUCAUGGAUACGGGAAGCACUCAGGCCGGACGCUCCCGUCAGAUUCCUGGAUACUGACAAGGUGCCUGCCCUAGAGACCAGUGAGCAGGGAGGUUUGAGUAACAGGACAGAAGCUCAGCUGGUCAGGACUCUCACUUCUGCACUGGUUCAGGCUGGGUGCCCGCAGGAGGACAUAGGCAUCAUCGCUCCCUACAGACGACAGCUUCGGGUCCUGUCUGACCUGCUACAGGGAGCAGGCUGCCCCGGGAGGGAGAACAGCACAGGAUACCCUGGGGUGGAGAUCAACACGGUGGAUAAGUACCAAGGUCGCGACAAGAGUGUCAUCAUGGUGACCUUCGUCAGGAGUAACUCUGCUGGGCAGCUAGGCGAGCUGCUGCAGGACUGGCGUCGGCUGAACGUGGCGAUCACCCGCGCCAAGCACAAGCUGCUCCUGAUUGGCUCCGUCAGCACACUGCGCCGCUACGAACCCGUGGCGCGCCUGCUCGACCACCUCACAGCCAAUCAGAUGGUUCUAGAACUGCCCCCAGGUGCAGAGAACAUUCCAAGCAACUUCUGAUUGGAGGUUGGUCAACCAAUCAUAGGCUGGCUUUCUUACAGCCAAUCAGAUGGUUCUAGAACUCCACCCAGGUGCAGAGAAUAUUCCAAGCAACUUCUGAUUGGAGGUUGGCAAGCCAAUCACAGGCUAUCUUUGAUCCAGGUGUAUCAUGGGUGAUUUGGGAUUGGAAGAAGGACAACCAAUCACAAGGUUUUGUGUCCAUGCCAGGUGCAAAUACAUUGUACUGCACACUGAUUGGAUGGAACUCCAACCAAUCACAGCAACCGAAAGAACUAACUGUAAGGCCAUUAUGCAAACUAGCAGGUACAUUAUUUCAUGAUGAAACCUCAUAUCAAAUCAGUGUAAGGGUCACACAAAAAUCAUGAGAAUUUUAGUAAUCAUGAGCCAAAUAAUUUUGUGACUCAUUCCCAUCCA